CAUUCUCUCUCUCUCAUUUGCACUAACUGUGAAAACGAAGCUAAGCAAAUUGCACAAACAGUUGAAGACCAACAAAUGGGGCUGGGUUCCCAGGAUGCCAUCAACCAGUUGCAGACAUUCAUCGACCAGGUUGAGGAGCCUCUGCGUUCAACGUUUCAGAAUGUUCAUCAAGGAAAUGUCACUGAAACUUUAAUGCGGUUUCUUAAAGCAAGGGAGUGGGAUCCUUCCAAGGCCCACAAAAUGUUGGUUGAUUGUUUAAAGUGGAGAGUACAAAAUGAAAUUGACAAUAUAUUAUCGAAACCAAUUGUUCCUGCUGAUUUAUACAGAGGUGUGCGUGAUUCACAACUCAUAGGAUUGUCAGGCUACUCAAGAGAGGGCCUGCCUGUCUUUGCAAUUGGUGUUGGGCUUAGCACAUUUGACAAAGCUUCUGUCCAUUACUAUGUGCAGUCUCACAUUCAAAUUAAUGAAUAUCGUGACCGUGUUAUCUUGCCUUCUACAUCAAAGAAGCAUGGGCGACCUAUAACAACUUGUAUAAAGGUUUUAGACAUGACUGGUCUGAAGCUAUCAGCCCUGAAUCAGAUUAAGUUGUUAACUAUUAUAUCAUCCAUUGAUGAUCUGAACUACCCUGAGAAGACAAAUACUUAUUACAUUGUAAAUGCUCCAUACAUAUUUUCAGCUUGUUGGAAGGUCGUGAAGCCACUUUUACAAGAGAGGACAAGAAGAAAAGUGCAGGUGUUGCCAGGUUGUGGACGAGAUGAGCUGUUGAAUAUCAUGGAUUACUCGUCUCUGCCACAUUUCUGUAAAAAAGAAGGCUCUGGAUCAUCCAGACAUUCAGAGAGUGGAAGUGAAAAUUGCUAUUCCUUGGAUCAUCACUUCCAUCAACAGCUCUACAACUACAUCAAAGAGCAAGCCAGACUCCGUGAAGCUGUUGAACCCAUCAAGCAGGGAUCGUUUCAUGUAGAUUUUCCAGAACCUCCAGAUGAGGAAGUAGAAAUUGCCAAGACCAUAGAGUCAGAGUUACACAAGUUUGAGAACGGCAAUUGUGACUAAUACUUUUAUUUAGGAUCUCCAGUUGAGACCUCAAAAUAUGUAGAGGGGCUCCACAUCAGAAUUACUUUUAUCAGGAUUCAGCAAAAUUAGUUAGCGUUGGUUAUGUAUGUUAAGAGAAACUUGGGUAAUGAGCUUAAUGCGAAACCCAGCUUUUCAUCGUGUCACAAUGCAAGAGAGAAAUGUCAAAUAUAAUA